UGAUUACUCGCCGGCACCCGGUGAUCGCCGAAUAUCUCUGACAGGUGAGAGACUAGCAAGUGAGCCACAGCACCACCAGUAGUGAGUCCAUUCCUGACAGAGACCUAUGUAUAAACAACACAGAUCUCUCCCUUGUUAGCUCCUGUACACUGAUUACAGUGUAAAGCACACACACAGCACACAUUUAAUCCUUUGUUCGCCCCACAUGUUAACCCCUUCCUGCCCAGUGCCAUUAGUACAGUGUCAGUACUUUUUAUUAGCACUGAUCACUGUAUUGGUGUCACUGGGGAUGUCCAUGACACCAAGUCAGUUCCUCCCCGUGUCAGAAUGCCCGCCGCAGUCCCGCUAUAAGUCGCUG